GAUGAACCUCACUUCAUCAUCAGCCUAUAACAGAUCGUCGAGACUUUAAUAAUUCGCCACAAUGCGUGAGUGUAUCUCAGUACAUAUUGGUCAAGCUGGUGUCCAGAUGGGCAAUGCCUGUUGGGAGUUGUAUUGUUUAGAACAUGGUAUUCAACCUGAUGGACAGAUGCCUUCUGAUAAAACUCUCGGUGGUGGAGAUGAUUCUUUCAACACUUUUUUCAGUGAAACUGGCUCGGGGAAACAUGUACCUAGAGCCAUUUUCUGUGAUUUGGAACCAAGUGUAGUUGACGAAGUACGAACAGGUACCUAUCGUCAACUGUUCCAUCCAGAUCAGAUGAUCACUGGUAAAGAAGAUGCUGCUAAUAACUAUGCCAGAGGUCAUUACACUGUUGGUAAAGAACAAAUAGAUGCUGUUCUAGAUAAGAUGAGGAAAAUGUCAGAUCAGUGUUCUGGUCUUCAAGGCUUUUUGGUAUUUCAUAGCUUUGGAGGAGGAACCGGAUCUGGAUUCACCUCGCUAUUGAUGGAACGACUUAGCGUUGAUUAUGGGAAAAAAUCAAAAUUAGAGUUUGCAAUAUAUCCAGCUCCCCAAAUUUCAACUGCUGUUGUUGAGCCAUAUAACUCAAUUUUAACGACCCAUACUACGCUUGAACACACCGAUGUUGCCUUCAUGGUUGACAACGAGGCUAUCUAUGACAUCUGUCGUCGUAAUUUGGACAUCGGUCGACCUACAUACACCAACCUUAACCGAUUGAUCGGACAGAUCGUCAGCUCAAUUACAGCUUCUUUGAGAUUUGACGGAGCACUGAAUGUCGACCUGACCGAAUUCCAGACCAACCUUGUACCUUAUCCACGUAUUCAUUUUCCUCUGGCAACCUAUGCACCAGUGGUAUCUGCUGAAAAGGCUUAUCACGAACAACUAUCUGUAUCUGAAAUCACUAACGCCUGUUUUGAACCAGCUAAUCAGAUGGUCAAGUGUGAUCCUAGACAUGGUAAAUACAUGGCCUGCUGUAUGCUGUAUCGUGGUGAUGUUGUUCCAAAAGAUGUCAAUGCUGCAAUCGCUACCAUCAAGACCAAGAGAAGCAUCCAAUUUGUUGACUGGUGUCCAACUGGUUUCAAAGUCGGUAUCAACUACCAACCACCAACUGUUGUACCAGGAGGUGAUUUAGCUAAAGUCCAGAGAGCUGUGUGUAUGUUGAGCAACACUACAGCUGUUGCAGAGGCGUGGUCUCGUCUUGAUCAUAAAUUUGAUCUUAUGUACGCCAAGAGAGCUUUUGUACAUUGGUUUGUUGGAGAAGGGAUGGAAGAAGGUGAAUUUUCUGAAGCUAGAGAAGAUUUAGCUGCUCUAGAGAAAGAUUAUGAAGAGGUUGCUUCUGGAGAAGACGAUGGGGCCGAAGAAGAUGAUGAAUAUUAAAAGUUUCUUAUUUAAAGUUUAUUUUACAUAAUAAAUUGAUUGUAAGAAAUAAAAUAAAAUUGUAAACAAGUG